CAUGUCUUCUCACUCCCGCCCACACGACAUCGUCGAGGCGCUAGGGUUUGGCGAUCUCCAGGUAGGCGCCCCAGAUCCAUCCGCGGGAAUGCAGGAUGGCUAGCUCGAGAAUGCGAUGAAUUUCAGCGUCGAGAUCUGGAAGAGGAGCUUCCAGCGCUUCGGCUUGGGCGAUCCGAGCAAGAGUCCAGCGGCAGCGAAAGAAUCGGAGGAGUCCGAUGAGGAGGAAGAUGGAUUUCGGAAGCUCCAGGAGAAGCACGCGGCCCUGGAGCAGAGAGUGCGCGCCUUGGAGACGCGCCUCACCUACAAAGAAGCCCAGGUCUUGAGCUUUGAGGAGAAGUUGGGCGCGUCACAGGGAAGAAUCGAUGACAACCAGAAAGAAGUGGCCGCGCUAGCAAGAGAGAGCGAGGGGAAAGAUCGGGUGAUUCUGGAGCUCAAGAAAGAAUGGGAGGAGAAGAAAUCCGAGUGGAGCAGAAAAGAGGAGGCUUUCGUGAAUGAGAUCCAGGGGCUGGCCUCGGAACUUGAGGACAAAUGCGUGGAGUGGAACAGCGCUUGUGUGGAGGCCAGGAUCGAGAAAGACAGGUCGCGCGCGAUGGAAAGCUCGCUGCGAGAAAAGAUCGAGGAGCUGCGGUGUAGCAGAGAAGCUCGCGAAGCAUCCCAAAUGGCCUAUGACGCUCAGCUCCAGUCCUUGAGGCAAGCAAUGGAUCGAGCUACGAGUGAGCUCCAAGAAAAACUGGUGGAAAAUGUGUCCUUGAGGAAAGUUCUCCUCGCAAAGGACGCCGAGCUUUCCAGUUUGAAGGAGGAGGCCGGGGAUUUACGUGAGAAAACGUCGAAGCUUGUGGAGGAGACCCGGGAGGCUCAAGAAGAACGCCAUCGCUUGAAGGGCAUGCUGGCGGCGACGAGCCUUGCGUACAACAAGGAAGUGGUUUCGGAUUUAAGGACGAGUAUUGAUCCUGGCAACGAGGUGGCUGAGAGGCUGGAUGGAGCAAAUGCGAAGAUGAAGGAGCUCGAGUCCAUGCUGGGUGAGCUCAUCACUUUCGCUCGAGAGAAGGACGAGAAGCUGGAUGCUUCCGAAUGGACCGUGCAGCAGCUGGGAUUGUUCGAGCUGUCCAAGAUUAAGGCCAGCCUAGCUCAAGCCGAGAAGGAUCACGUCCAGCUCAAACAGGAGAUUUGCGAGCUAGAGAAGAAGCUUCAGUUCAAGGAGGACGAGCUGGCGGACAUGGAGAAAUACUCGAGACUGCUGCGAAAGCAGUUGAGAAAGGUCGAAGGCGAGGCCGAGACGAUGAAGGAAAACUUGCAGCUAGCUCAAGCCAAGUACGAUGGCUUGAAGGCGGAUCACGACGCAACAUUGUCACGAAUCGCCGGUUUCGACGAGCUCAAGAACAACCACGUCGUGAUCUCUCGUCACGACGACAAGCUCAAACAGAUCCAUCUGGAGCUCCAGAGAACGAAGAUGAACACCAAAGAUCUUAUGGAGAAGAUGCUCUCGCUCCAGAGCAGCCUUGUUCGUGGUCACGACGACAAGAAACUUUUCUGUUCGUCUCCAGGGAAGAAUUCCAAUUCUCUCGAGCUUCCAGUUCUCAGGAAAAACUCGAUGAUCGACGACCAAGGCAAGAGCUGCAAUAAGAGAGGCCGGAAUUUCGAUAUAAAAGCCGAGAAGGAAAUUGAUCUUGCUAGCAGGGAUACUGCCGUGAUCACUGAAGAACCAGUUCGCGUGAUACCAAAGAGGCAGCGACAGCUGACAGAUUUGGGGGCAAUGGAUCUUCUGCUCGAGAGCAAGGACGGGGAGAUCGCGGCUCUCAACGAUCAGGUACUCCGCCUCGGGCAGAAGAAUAGGGUUUUAGAAUCGGCCUUGGGUGGGCUCGAGGAGAGGAUCCGGGGGCUGGAAUCGGGGUUGGGUCGCAAAGAAGUGGAAAUCUUAGGCUUGGAGGGGAGAUUGGGCGAGAAGGAGGACGAGACAACGGCAUUGGCUGCAAAGAACAAGUCCCUUCGCGAGCAGAUUGAUGGGCUAUGUGACGCUGUGAAGGACCUCGAGAGGCAGCGAAGCUUGUCGGUAGAGAAGGAAGAGGCUUCGCUCAAAGAGAUCCAGAGGCUAUCUUUCGCGCUAGAGGAGAAGUGUGGUGCUUUGGGUGAUGCUGUUGCCGAUGCUGCGAAGCACAGGGAGCUGUGUCGGGCAUUGGAGCAGACCCUCGAGCAGAGAACUCGAGCAAAGGAUGUGGAGCUCGAGGCACUGAAGAAGGACGUCCAGAGCAAAGAUACGCAGCUCGUUUCUUUCAACGAAGAUGUUGUCGAGCUUCGCGAAAAAGCUCGUGGCAUGCAGUCGACGAUCGAGAGACUCGAAGAGACAGUAGCUGGUCAGAGCAAACGCCUGUCCGUGAAAGAAGCCGAAGUAACGAGCUUGGAAGCAAAUGUGAGCGUUUUGCAUGGGAAGCUCGGUGAGAAGGAGGAAGAGCUGCAGUCGCUACUGAAAACCAGGAAGACUUUGGUCGAGCAGAAUGAGCUGCUGAAACAGACCGUGCAGAAGUUUGAGCAAAGGAAAGCUGAAUGGAUCAAACAGGAGGAAAGCUUUACUCGACAGGUUCAGGAGCUCGCUAUUUCUCUCGAAGAAAAAUGCGCCGCUUUGAAAUCUGCCACCAAGGAAGCAAGGGAUGCAAAGGAACGAUGUAAGGAGCUGGCAACCUGUUUGACAGAAAAGGUUGAGGAGCUCAAGUGCUACCGGAAGAAGUGUGAGGAUCUUCAAACUUCUCUCGAGUUUUGUGAAGGAGAGUUGAAAGCACUACAGGAUGAGAAUGAGCGACAACAGAAGGCUUUGCAGCUCUCAGCGGUCGAGUCGCGCUUAGAAACAUUAGCCAGUCGGUUGAAGAUGAAGACCGAAGAACUGGAGGCUUUGACGAAUGAAGCGAACAUCAAAGACGAGAAGCUCGGGGCCAUGUCCGAAGAGGUCGAACAAUUACGACGAGAAAACAAAAAGCUCAACACAACAGCACAGCGCCUACAGAAGACACUGGACUCUCGCUUGGCUGAAUCUGCAGCACAGUUGCUGGAUCUUUCAGAGAAACUUACGCAAUCGCAGAACAGCCUGUCUAAAAAGGAUGAAGAACUUACAGUUCUACUCGAGGACAACGAGAACUUGCAGCAGGAGGCUCAAAGGUUCAGGCAAUCGCUGGUUGAGUUUGAGAUCCGAAAAUCCGACUGGGAGAAGAAAGAACGCGCUCUUACGGACGACGUCUUUGCACUGUCCUCUUCUCUUGAAGAUCGAAAUGCUGCUUUGGAAUCUGUUGCUAUGGAGGUAGACAGGCUGAAAGCAAGAUGCCAAGACUUGGAGUCAUCUCUGCAGGAAGAGGUUGGAAAGUUGCAGCGUUGCAUGCAUGAACGGAAUGCAUUGGAAUCAGCAUUAAGCUCAAGCCAGCAGGAGCAGGAGGAAUUACGGACAGCAGCAGCUUCGGAAGCUCAGCUUCUCCGGGAGAAGCUUUCGAUAUCCGAUUCUCAACUGACAGACGCUUGGAGCCGUUUGAACAUGAGAGCUCAAGAGAUGGAGCUCAUGUCCAAGGUUCUUGAGGAGAAAGAGUCUCAGCUCUGCUGCAUCAGUGACGAACUUCGCGAGCUCCGUGACCUUAAGGUGACACUGGACUCGGCAGCCGAAACUUCAAGAACGAGCAUUGAGGCUUUAGAAGCUUCCCUGAAGGCGCGACAAGCGGAAUGGUCAGCUCUGGACGAAAAGCUUGCGACGGUCGAAACCAAAUUGGCUGAGACGGAGGAAGCUUUGGAAGUCGCUUGCAGGGAGAAAAGAGAAUCAGAGGAACGAAUCACUGGGCUUAAGCAGGCUAUGAUUGAACUGGAGGACAGGAAGAAUUGCUGGCGAAUAAGGGAGGAGGAUCUUAUCAGCGAGCUCGGGAAACUUUCAUCGUCAUUCGAAGACAAGUGUGCUACCUUAAGUCGUAUGGAGCUGGAAGCGAAGGUUCAGAGAGAGGCGGCCGAAGCCAUGCAGACCUCUCUUCAGAUAAUGGAGAGCUCUUUCAUGAAGACGGUUGCGGAGUUGGAUAGCUGCAAGGCUCAGCACGAUCUUCUUGGCGUGACUUUGGCUUCCCGGGAAGAGGACUUGGUCUCUGUACGGGCCGAAAGCGCUCAGCAGGUGGAAGCCUUGAAAGAGAGGCUAUCUACGACUGAGUUUCAGCUGAAGGAAGGUGUUGACCAGCUCCAUGCGAAGUCUGCAGACAUGGACCUUGUGGUCAAGGAACUUGGCAACCGGGAGACCCAGCUAGCUUGUGCGAAAGAAGAGAUCCAGCAUCUUACUGAGAAGAACAGCCACCUGGACUUUACGGUCCAAAGCUUGCAAGUGAAGGUCUCGAAGGUUGCCGAGGAGUUGAAGAGGAGCGAAGCAAGAGGACAACAGCUUCUCAGCGACUUGACCAGCGCAGAGUCCAAGCUUGCAUCGAGCAAGGAGAUGGUUUCCGGCCUGCAGCUCAAAGUUGAUCUUGGGAACCAGAUCAGUGCAAAGAUGGAAGGAGCGAAUGCCAAGAUCAAGGAACUGGAGUCCAUGCUGGCGCAGCUCAUGGCAUUUGCUCAAGACAAAGAUGAGAGGCUGGACGCAUCGGAGUGGGCAGUACAGCAGCUGGGACUUAUCGAAGUGUCCAAAGCCAAGGCCAACCUCGAAAGAGCCGAACGGGAACGAGUGCAACUCAAAAACAGGUGUGCGGAGCUGGAAAACGAGGUGAAAGUGAAAGAGGAGGAGCUUUUGGACUUGGAGUCGUGCUUAAGUCAGCUAAAAGUCGAGCACGACAAGGACGCGGGCAGCAUCGAGGACUACCGGGUAGAAAAACGCAGGCUCGAGAAGGAGAUCGAGAGACUCGAGUGGGACUUGUCGAUCUCUCACGAGGAUGCGUCCAUCACCAGCAGCAAGCUGAAAGAGAUCCAGUGCGAGCUUCAGAGGGCGCAGCUCAACGGCAAAUGCCUGGUCCAGCAGAUGCUCAUGCUCCACGAAAAUCUUCUCCAGGAGGGAAAAGCGCUGCUGGAGAUUGGCAAGGACGACGCCUCGCCGGUCAGCUCCGUGCGUUCUUCGAGGAGAAGCUCACUAUCAGCGAGCAAAGUGUGUGAUGAAAGUCCGAGACGCGAGAGCAUCGAUUUCGAUGGCAAAGAAAAUGUUCCAAGCAUUGCUUUGAGCGCUGCGAUCAAGAACUUCGAUGCCACUGCCAAGAAUUUUGAGGCUGCUUCUCCCAAUCCGGUGGAGAGAGCUCCAUUCCAAGUUCUCCAUCUCGGCGACGUGUAAAAAAUAAGACAGAGAAAAGACCAAUGUAAAACUAUAAAGUACUCUGUUUAGAAUGGAAGAACUAGGGUUCUUGGGA